ACGCUCGCGCUCUCUCUCUCUCUCUCUCUCUCUCUCUCUCUCUCUCUCGACUCGUUCACGGCACGUGUGUGAGUGAGAGGAGAUUAAAACGGAGCGUAUAAGCGAACAAGCUGGACUCUGGAUACAAUCACGGAAACAAUCAAAUAGUAAACUUUUUCCACACCAAGUCGAUGGAUCACUGAAGGAAUAUUGGCACGUGCCGACGCGCUUUUACGCAAUUUCUCUGGAUUUAAUGACGAGAUUAACACAUUACGUCAGAGGGAUGUUGCCAGCUCACAGCUCCAUGAUCCCCAGUUCAACCCUGAGCUCAGAUUACUGCCUGUGUGGAGUUUCAUAUGUGAUAUUCUCCAAGUUUGUAAUGUAAAUCGAUCAUUUCUCGGAUGGAGAAUACUUCCUCCUCAUCGUCUGUUCUGCCUUCUUGCACCUACAAUGAGGAUUUUAAGCGCAUUCUCCUCCCUGUGGUGUACAGCGUGGUCUUCGUCCUCGGCUUGCCACUCAAUUUUGCCGUCAUCCUGCAGCUGUGGGGAAGCAGACGUUCCCUGACUCGGACGAACAUCUACACGCUGAACCUGGCGGCAGCUGACUUCCUGUACGUGUGCUCUCUCCCUCUGCUCAUCUACAACUAUGGCAGUCGAGACUACUGGCCCUUUGGAGAGCUCACAUGCAGAUGGGUACGCUUCCAGUUCUACAGUAACCUGCACAGCAGCAUCCUUUUUCUUACCUGCAUCAGCGUUCAGCGCUACAUGGGAAUCUGCCAUCCGCUGUCCCCAUGGCUCAGAAGAGCAGGACGCAAGCUGGCAUGGGCUGUGUGUGCCAGUGUCUGGGUCAUUGUGGCACUUUUAUGUGCACCUACAUUUGAAUUUGCAGCGACUGGCAUCCAGAGAAAUCGUACCGUGUGCUACGAUCUGAGUGUGCCUGAACGCUCGCAGCAAUACUACCCAUACGGCAUGGCCCUCACCUGUCUGGGCUUCAUGUUGCCUUUUAUGGUCAUUGUGCUAUUAUACUGCAAGAUGGCACGGGUUCUGUGCCAACCGGGUGAUGCCAGUGGUGAAGCAGCAAAGGAGAAGAAGUGCAAGGCUGUGAGGAUGAUUGCUAUUGUGGUGCUGGUGUUUGCUGUCAGCUUCCUACCUUUUCAUGUGACCAAAACAAUGUACCUGUCAGUGAGGACCUUGCCUGAUGCUCCAUGCCAACUUCGAAACUUUUUUUCUGUGGUCUAUAAGAGUACGAGGCCCUUUGCCAGCAUGAACAGUGUGCUCGAUCCUAUCCUGUUCUACUUCACACAGCCCAAAUUUAGACGCAGCACACGUAGCCUGCUGCUCAGGGUCACUACAUACAGAGAAAACAGCAAACAAGGAGAAAGACCACCAAAAAAACUAAUAAACCAAAAAUCAUUAAGGGCAUGAAAUCUAAAAGCAUGCAUGCACAUAAUAGGCUCGCACCUAGGUUCAAUUCUUACUCUCUGAUUCCCCUGCUCUAAUUCAAUAAAUGAUGCAAACAGUAUAAUGACAUUUUAUCAAAUCACGUAGCAAAUUAACAGUAAGACUGUAGAAUGGAAAAAACAUUUUCAUACAUGUUCUUUCUUUAGCCUAAAACACUAAAAUCUACAUAAAACCUCUGCAGGUGUCUGCAGAAUUUGACAUCACUUUUCUGCCACGUGUAUUAAUAAUUAAUAAUUAUUACCCUAAUUAAUCACAUCUUCUAUAAAUGAACCUGAGCCUGAAUCAGCCCAUCAAAGGUUAAUUGUAGUCAUUUUUUAAACCAACAAAUAUGAUCAAUACAUGAUCAUAUUAAUGAUCAAUAUUAAUAGGUCAAUACAUGUUUCAAGACUUUAGUUCUAGUUUUUUUUGUACAGAGGGUUAAUAUAAAAACUGAAUCUCAGUUAAUCAAAAUGUGCUGACUUUGUACUAGAAAGUCCACAGAUAGUCAUACGAUUUUUUUUUAUUCAUUUAUGAUAAAACAAAAUGUAUACUCAUGAGUUAAUGUGUGUGGUACACAAAUAUUGCAGUUUCACUGCUACAGCUGGGUUCGAUUCCCAGGCAGUAACUGACCCAGCCACUCUCCUGUGCAUUCUCACUACCAGUCCCAAGCCAGGAUAAAAUGGAAGGAUGUGUUAGAAAGGGUGGUUAGUGUGAAACAAUAUGAAAGAGUGUGAGAGUGUGAAACACUAGCAAAAACAGCACAAAGUUUCCAGUGAAACUUGGCCAAAAGUCCUUUAUUGGCUGUGUAAGGAUAGUGUUUUGGAGGCUGUAGGGAAAUAUAUAUAUAUAUAUAUGUAUAUACACAGGGCUUUUCACUCUGCCUAAUCCAGUUUUCCGUUGUUCUAAACAUCACUUUUAACGCAUUGUAGAGGAACGUUUCAAUUUAGAAAUGGAGUAGCAGCACUUCUGUGGAGUUACUUACGCAUUUUGGCACCAAAUGUUUACAAAGGGGGAAACGAUGCGGUGUUUAAAACAUAAUGGCUUAAUGAUUAGCAACAGACCAGACAUCAGAAAUUGAACAGCACGUGCCUCAUAUCAUGUCAAAACCAGGACGGUGCGUCACCUAACAAAAACAGCUUGGUGGCACAGGCGGCAAAACACUGAAGAUCACAGAAUUGCACGCUGUAUUUAUCCAAUCAUGAUUGUUAACACCCCAAAUAUGCAAAUAAGAAGGUAAACCGAGGGUUUAAGAAUAUACAGUGUGAAAUAUCAGGUUAUGAAUAGCCAGGAUUAAUUGUUAAUCCCAGGUAAAGUAUGAUCAGUGUCAAACUUGAAAAAGAAUCCAGAAUUUACAAAUACCCAGGGGUAACUGGGCCAAAAGCCCUUAUGUGGACAUGGGUGAAAUUCACUGUCAAGUCAUAAAACUUUACAAAUGGCCUUCUGCACUUCCUAAUAACAAGUCUCAGGUCUUACGCUUACUUAAGAACAUAAUCUCACCAUAAUCUUCUAAAAACAAUAUACUCAUUCUGAACAUCCUUUCAACACACAGUACUGUUUGUCUUCUUGUACACAUGUAUGCCGUAACGAUAAUUCCUGCUACGUGUAAAUGUAAAUAAAUGUGAAGGGCACCAUGUAAGACUUCAGCCAAUAGGUGGUGUGAUUUACCAAGAAGAGCUAGCAGCAAUGCGUCUAGUCUUUCUGCAUUUAGCUGCUCUGACUUGUCUCUAUUUAAAGGGAAAGUAUUUCUGUUCUGAACAAAAUAUAACACCCUAGUUUUUCUUAAGCAAGUACUGAUAUAAAAACAUGACUGAAUCUAUAAUACAAGUAUGCAAGCUUCACACUGUAUAAUUCCCUUAAUAAAUAUAUGAAGACUUAAUAAUCUGCACUCCUGCAUGUGGUGAUGCAUCUCACACUUGCAUCUUAAGACUACACCAGCAAACCUUAUGAAUAUAAAUGUGUGUAGCUGUUGAAAAGACAUAUGUAGUGAAAAUGCUGUGCCACUUAAACAUUUGUGAUUUGUUUUUGGCCUUGUGAGAAUAUGACUAAUUUGUGAAGCUGUUCAGUGUCUUGUAGUUUUGUGAAGCUAUAAAACUCGUGUGUUUGUGCUGUAUGGGUAAACCAUUAAAUGUGAAUUUUAGAAAUAUAGAACUUUAAAAAAUAGUCAUCACUGUGACAAUUAGUAAAUUAUGCUUUUGUCAUGCCACAAUGUUUGCUGUUGCCUGCUUUGCUCAUGUCCUUAGAUCUAAACUUUGCACUAAUAUACAGUAUCAGAAAUCAGUAAAAACCACCAGAAGUUGUGUUUUGUCUUCAGGUUCAUUGUUAUCAAAUACAAUAAAAUUGUAAAAAUGCAGGCCAGCAUGGUAGCACCUCAGAGCUCCAGAUCUCUGUGUGCAGUUCUGUGAAUAUUCUUUGUGUCUGCAUGUCCUUUUUCAGGGUUUUUCAGUUUCCUCUCUCUUCCUUUAAUAUAAACAUGGUAGUAGGUAGCUAUGCAAAAGUGUGUGUGUGUGUGUGUGUGCGCGGAACACUGUAAUGGACUGGCAUCCCAUCAAGGGUAUAUUCCUGCUUCUGACAUGGUCUAUCCUGUGUUCCCUGGAUAGGCCUCUUAUUUUCUGUGAGUCUUAAACAGAAUAAAGCCAUUACUGAUAAAUGAAUGACUGAAUGAUGAAUGGAUGUAUAAUUGUAUACAAAUGAAAAUAAAAGUGCACUUCUAU